GAGAACGUAAGACUUGAUGAAGAUGAUAUAAUGAGAAGAGUGUAUAAAGCAGCUAUUAAAGGCUGUGUGGCAAGCUUAAACACAUUGCUCCAAACAGAUCAACUCAUUCUUAAUAAAAUUUCACUCACCUCUUUUACUGAAACUCCCUUACACAUAUCAUCUUUACUUGGCCACCUUGAUUUCACUCAAGCUAUUCUUGAAAAAUGUCCUAAAAUGGCCUCAGAGUUUGACUCUCUCAAACGUUCUCCACUUCAUUUGGCUUCCGCAGAGGGCCAUGUAAAGAUUGUGAAAGCUUUGUUACGUGCAAAUAAUGAUGUUUGUUUGGUUCGUGAUCAAGAUGGCAGAAUUCCUCUGCAUUUGGCUGCCAUGAGAGGCAGAGUUGAGGUUAUUCAAGAAUUGAUCAAUGCAUGUCCUCAAUCCACUAAGGAAUUGCUUGAUGGAGAUACAGUUUUACAUCUGAGUGUAAAAUAUAACCAUUUGGACGCAUUGAUGCUGUUGGUGGAAAAUAUCAAAGAUGAUGAGCUUAUCAAUAAGGGAAAUCAAGAUGGCAACACCAUCCUUCAUAUAGCUUCCAUGCUGAAGCAAUUAGAGACAAUUAGGUACCUGCUCUCAGUGCCCAGCAUCAAAGCAAAAGUAAAUACCAUCAAUAGAAUUGGUUUCGCAGCCUUGGAUCUAUUAGACCACUCUCCAAAAGACUUCAAAAGUCCUGAAAUUCGAGACAUUUUAAGAGAAUCAGGCGCCAAAAAAGCUACAACUCCAACUCCAAGCAAUUUCCUGCCAAUAAAACCAGCUGCAAUUUUUACAGUUCCCAUAAAAUCACCAUCAGGGCCAAAAGCAUGGUGCAAGAAGUUCAUCAAUUACAUAGAGCAUCAAGGUAGUAACUGGAUUGAAGAAACUCAGGGUACAUUAAUGGCAGUUGCAACUCUAAUAGCCGCAAUGACUUUUCAAGCCGUUAUAAGCCCACCUGGCGGCUUAUGGCAAGAAGAUUAUACAAACGGCGCUGGCAGUUCAAGCUGCAAAAAGUAUCCUUGUUUGGCAGGAACAGCAGUAUUUGGUUACACCUACGAAUCGGCAUUCGAAUUGUUCUUGAUUUACAAUAGCAUUGCAUUUGUUGGAUCACUUAUGGUUGUGUUCUUGAUAAUUAGUGGAUUCCCUCUCCAGAAUAAGUUCUGCACAUGGGUUUUGACAGCAGUAAUGUGUACUACAGUGUAUUCUGCAGCAAAUGCUUAUGUAAUGUCGAUGGAUAUGGUGACUCCCGAUCAUAUUCUUCGCCGAAUCGAUUGGAUGCAUCCAAUGUGGGCUUUCAGUUGGUUGGGUUCGAUUGUUGUUGUUAGUUUAAGUCAUAUAAUUCGAUUUUUCAUUUGGUGUACGAGGAGGUUGAGCAUUCUUCGUCAUCAGAAGAAGCUGUUGAGGCUACAGCAGCUUAAAAAUCCAGAUGAACACCUUAAUGUUUGAUUCAUUAAGGUUAAAUUUCAACUUCUUAUUCAUCAGCUGUAACUUUCUUGUAUUGAUUUUGAAACUAAAUAAAUGA